UAUAAAGCGUAGCGCGGGUGUUUGGUCAGUAGUUCAGCUCACACCUCCAGCCAAUACGCGACCAUGAAGGUAGUGGCUUUAGUGUUCUCGGCUUUGAUUGUGGUGGCGGCACGGGCGAGCCCUCAGGGCUAUGGCGCCACAGGGUCAGGUGGAGGGUCCGCCUCCGCACCCGCCCAAUACAACUUCCAGUGGGACGUGGACGACCAACAAUCAGGCAACUUCUACGGCCACGGGGAACAAGCAAACAACGGCCUCGUCCAGGGCAGGUACUACGUGAGGCUGCCAGACACUCGUCUCCAGCAGGUGGAGUACACCGCUGACGACUCCGGCUACCAUCCCAUCGUUACCUAUGAAGGAGAGGCCCAGUUUGGCGGCAGUUCUGGUGGCGGCGGAUCUGGUGGACACGGAGGCUACGCCUAGUCGACAGUACAACACCCUAAAGCUACUUCAUAUUUUAGAGCUGUAAUUAGCUUUUGAUUGAAACUUUUUUAUUGCUUGUAGAAUCAUGCACAGAGAAUGUAUGAAGCAGCACCGGGACAUCAUAAAGAGCUCCGACAGGACCUGAUGCCCGCCAGCUGCCUCACAACCUAUGCAGGGCAUACAGCAAGCCAGUCUUGCCUAUUUUAUUCUUUUAUUGUGUACUAAAGAAAUCAUGCCGGUUUUGAAGACUUUAGAUUUAUUAAUUACUCCAAGAGAAACCAUUUUGGCACUUGAGUUAUACAUUUGUAAAUAAAUGAAUGUCUAAAUUAUAA